AUGCGUCGAUGGUGCGCAGCGGCCCAGCUCCUAGGAUGGCGACAGCUGAGGUUAAGCACCACGCACGCAAUUGAGGCGCACAUACGAGAUGAGGUGCAAAAGGCCCUUUGCCGUCUUCGCAGAGGCAUCUCUUCCCCGGCGUGGGUUCCCAUGUCACGGGUGUCGUCCGUUCUUCCAGAAGAGACGCGCGAGGCGUUGGCGGAGGUUGGCGGGCUGGCCGGCUUCUGUCGACGCCCACAAGGGGUAGGCGGAGCAGGCUUUGCUGUGAAGACGGUGGAUGGUGUGUUGUGCGUAAAGCUAGACGAUGUGGUUAGGACCCCAGUGAAGCAUAAACGGCGAGCCAAAAGUAAUGAAUCAGAAGAGGACGCCCAGUUGCAGAGGAUCUGCAGCAUCCUUCCGUACAAACCUGUCGCAUUGGCUGCCUGCCAGCGUGCAUGGAAGCUGUCCACGAUGGAUGCGACGCUGCAGCAGCUCACAAGCCUGAUGAAGGAAGUGGAGUCUGUUUUAAAGAGAGGCUCUGGGAAGAGGCCAAGGAUGUCAUUGUAUCUGCAAGUCGGCUAUGAGGGAAGACGCGUUGCCGUUGUCGCGGCGGGGUCUCAGGCGAUGAAACCUAUGCUUUAUGAAGACAUCACACAGGAAGAGGGAGAGGGGGAAANCGCGUUGCCGUUGUCGCGGCGGGGUCUCAGGCGAUGA